GUGCGGUGGUUUCCGGUUCCGGCGGCCGCUGUUUCCGUUUCCGGGGCCGCGUCCCGGUCCCGGCCUUUCCCGGUAUUCCCGGUGUUCCCGGCGUUCCCGCCGCCAUGGGCGCGCACCUGGCGCGGCGGUACCUGUGGGACGCGGAGACAGAGCCGGACCCGCUGCACAUGCCGACCUUCCCCGCGGAGAUGGGGCUGCCCCAGCGCCGGCCCCGCGUCAUGGUGGCCACGGCGUCCCAGCUGGCGCAGGCCCGGAUCCCGCUGGAGCAGAGGGAUUUCUGUGCCCACCACCUGCUGAAGUUCCUGCGCUGCCAACGAGACAACUUCCCCCUGCCCUGGGGCUGCAGCGAACUGCGGCACCACUGGGACAGCUGCCAGCACGAGGAUUACGUGAUGUGCAUGAAGGGAUGUGGUGACACUGAGGGUGACACUGAUGGUGACACCGCUGGUGACAGGGGUGUCCUGUCCCUGUCCCUUCCCAGUUACAUGAUGCACAUGAAGGUGAUGUGGUGACACUGAGGGUGACACCGCUGGUGACACUGAAGGUGACACUGAGGGUGACACAGGUGUCCUUGUCCCUGUGGCAGUUACAUGAUGCACAUGAAGGGAUGUGGUGACACUGAGGGUGACACGGAUGGUGACACUGAGGGUGACACUGAGGGUGACACAGGUGUCCUGUCCCCUGUCCCAGUUACGUGAUGUGCAUGAAGGGAUGUGGUGACACUGAGGGUGACACGGAUGGUGACACUGAGGGUGACACUGAGGGUGACACAGGUGUCCUGUCCCUGUCCCAGUUACGUGAUGUGCAUGAAGGGAUGUGGUGACACUGAGGGUGACACGGAUGGUGACACUGAGGGUGACACGGGUGUCCCGUCCCUGUCCCUUCCCAGUUACGUGAUGUGCAUGAAGGGAUGUGGUGACACUGAGGGUGACACGGAUGGUGACACUGAGGGUGACACGGGUGUCCCGUCCCUGUCCCUUCCCAGUUACGUGAUGUGCAUGAAGGGAUGUGGUGACACGGAUGGUGACACCAAUGGUGACACUGAGGGUGACACGGGUGUCCCGUCCCUGUCCCUUCCCAGUUACAUGACGCGCAUGAAGGUGAUGUGACACUGGUGACACUGAUGGUGACACCGCUGGUGACACAGAUGUCCUGUCCCUCCCCAGCUACGUGAUGCGCAUGAAGGAGUUCGAGCGCGAGCGGCGGCUCCUGCAGCGCCAGAAGCGGCUCC